AUGGCGCAUAUUCGGGUGCAGGAUGGGAAAGAUGUCCCGACGGUAGAGCAUAUCGAGUUGCCGGCGGCGGGGUUUCGGAUUCCUCGAGCAGGUCGUGCGGGUGACGAAUGGGAUGUCCCGACAGUGGAACACACGGAAGAUCACUUCUCCAUCUUUCCUCACGGUUCAAGAUUGGAGGAGGCCAUGCCAACGCUUGAGCACGUCAAGUACUGCUUUGGCGGGGCCAGGCCUGGGAGGGUCACCCGUCGUGGGACGAUCAUGACCGACACUCGGUGGGACAAAGCGAUCAGUAACAUCUCAGACUACCUAGCAGAGAAGGAGAACGAUGGCGAGGGCGAAGCGCGGGUGUUGCACCUGCUCUACGAAGCGAGGGAGCUGCUGGAGGAAGGAAAGGGGCAGGACGCCAGGGCCGCCCAGGAUGAAGAGGGAUCAACGAGAUCCACUGAGGUGAUCCUCCAAAGCAUAGAGGACAGGCUAACAAAGAUCGAGAAGCAGAAUCUACCCCAGGCGAACACUCGCUGA